CUUCCUGGUGCCGGUUCCUUCCCUGGGUGGAGUACGCCCACAACUCUUUGCCCUGCUCCUCUACUGGUAUGUCUCCAUUUUUUUUGCGUGUAUGGUUACCAGCCUCCUGUCUUUCCGUCCCUUGAGCAGGAAGUCUCUGUUCCAUCCGCCCACACUUUGGUCCGCCGUUGCCGGGCUGCAUGGGUUCGAGCUCGUCGGGCCUUGUUGAAAAGUUCCCUGACCUAUAAGAAGGCAGCAGAUCGGCGCAGAAUUCCUGCUCCCACUUACAGAACUGGGCAAAGGGUCUGGCUCUCCACAAGGGAUCUUCCUCUCCGAGUCGAGUGCCGUAAGUUGGCUCCUCGCUUUGUGGGUCCUUUCCCAGUGUCUAAAGUUAUUAAUCCUCUUGCUGUGAGACUAAAGCUCCCCAGGACCAUGAGGGUACACCCAACCUUCCAUGUUAGUCGUGUGAAACCUGUUAAGGUGAGUGGGCUGGUCCCUGCCACCAGACCCCCUCCACCCCCCCGGCUCAUCGACGGUGGCCCUGUAUAUUCUGUGAGGAGACUCCUCGCAUCCCGUCGCCGUGGACGCCAGCUUCAAUACUUGGUGGACUGGGAGGGUUAUGGUCCGGAGGAGAGGUCAUGGGUUGCAGCCAAGGACAUCCUGGACCCCACUCUUAUUAGAGACUUUCUCCGCCAGCACCCUCAGGAUCCUGGGCCGUCAGGUGCCGGCCGUAGAGGGGGGGGUACUGUCAGGGUUUGA